AUGAAAGCAGAAUAUGAUGCUCUAAUCAGAAAUCAGACGUGGGAUUUAGUUCCCAGUGAUCCCUCUCGGAUUGUUGUAGAUUGUAAGUGGUUAUUUAGAGUUAAACAUAAACCUGAUGGAAGCAUUGACAGGUAUAAGGCUCACCUAGUAGCCAAAGGUUUCACGCAAAGGCCUGGGUUGGAUUAUCAUUCUACAUUCAACCCCGCUGUCAAGCCCGCAAUAGUCCGUUUGGUCCUUGCAAUUGCUACCCAACGCUCAUGGCCUAUUCAUCAGUUGGAUGUCAAUAAUGCCUUCUUACAAGAGGUUACUGUCUACAUUCUCAUAUAUGUUGAUGACAUAAUUAUUACGGGUAAUAUUGGAAGAAGUAUCAGGUCCAUCAUUGAUACUCUUUCUCAACGAUUCUCUCUAAAAGAUCUUGGGCUAGUGCAUUAUUUUUUGGGUGUUGAAGUAAUAUCAACGCCAGCUGCCAUAUAUUUGUCUCAACACAAAUAUGUCAUAGAUCUUCUGGAUGAAUUGCACAUGGUUGAAUGUAAGGGUGUCCCAACACCGAUGACAUCAACCUGCUCCUUCGCUGAUUCUGAAGCCGAUUCUGUUGUUGACAUUUCACUUUACAGAAGAAUCAUUGGUAAGCUUCACUACCUAUCCUUCACUAUGCCUGACAUCGGGUUUGCUGUUAGCAAGUUGUCUCAGUUUAUGCAUUAUCCAAAAGUGUCUCACUGGAAAGCUAUCAAACGGUUGUUGCGCUACCUGAAACACACCAGCACAAUGGGAGUUAAGCUAUGUCGACAACCAACAGAUCGUUUACUUACUUAUUCUGACUCUGAUUGGGCUGGAAAUCCACAAGACAGAACAUCAACAACAGGUUAUGUUGUCUACCUUGGAAACUCACCAAUCUCUUGGUCUUCCAAAAAGCAAAGGUCGGUUUCACGCUCAUCCACAGAAGCUGAGUACCGAGCUGUUGCUGCCGUUGUUUCUGAAGUUAAUUGGCUCACGAAUUUGCUCCAUGAGCUUCAUUUCCCAUUGUCUGCUCCACCAACAGUCCUCUGUGACAAUGUUAGUACCACCUACAUUUGUGCUAAUCCAGUUUUUCACAGUAGGAUGAAACAUGUAGAUAUUGAUUUCCAUUUUGUUCGCGGGCAAGUUUAA